AUGAGUGUUCUAAUAGAAACAACAGAGGGAAAUCUAACAGUAGACCUCCACUAUGAGGCUCUGCCAAUGGCAUCGUACAAUUUUAUCAAGCUUUGCAAAAUAGGGUACUACUUCUUUUCCCCGUUCCAUAGUUUGGAAAAAGACUUCAUCGUUUCUGGUGGAGACCCAGAGUAUCCUAGGGAGACUGGCACUUCAAUUACCAAUUUUACGGAACAUGCCGAUUCGAGGUUCGAACAUGAGGGUUCCUUUUUGAAAGUUGGUGCUGCUGGUGCUGUUGCCAGUCCCACAUCAAUCGGUACUCUAUCAUUUAUAUCAUCCCCUAACAAUCUCAUAGGAUCACUGUUUACCAUCACUUUGACCUCAAAUAGAGAACAAUUGUCCACCAUCAAGAACCAAGUAACAUUUGGCCAUGUGGUGGAGGGAUUCCAGACAUUGGACAGAAUAAACCAGAUCCCGGUGGAAGGAAUUACAUCAAAGAGGCUCUUGAAAGAUGUGAGGAUAACGUACAUACACAUUUUGCAUGAUCCCUUUGAAGAUCCAGCUGACUUGAAGAUCGUACCAUCGUCGUCGUUGGUACCCAGCGAUUACCAGCUAGCAACAAUGAGACUCCCGCAAUUGAAGCUAGAAGCAGAGUCGUCUACAGAAACCGAGUCUCAGUUUAACUCGAUUGCAUUGGAGUUGGUUGGCGACUUGCCUCAUUAUCAAAUCAAACCAUCGCCCCGCACGUUGUUUGUGGCAAGACUUAACCCUAUCACCAACAGCGAAUCGUUGACUAUUAUCUUCAGCAGAUUUGGGAAGGUGGAGAACUGCAAUGUCAUCUUGGACCCAAAGCAGAACAAUAAGAGUUUAUGCUACGGAUUCAUAGAGUUUGAAAGCCAGCACCAGGCCGAACUGGCAUAUGAAAAACUAUCGCGAGGCUGUGUUAUAGAUGGGAGGGAGGUUUACAUUGAUUUUUCACAAUCUGUAAAGACAAAGACAGCUUGA